AACAUGAGGGAAGAUGCGGAAAGGGCCGGAUCGGCCAGAAGAAAACAGCCGACGACGUUCAGGGGACGAUCCUAGAGCCGGGCAGAGAUUCUAGUACAGACGCGGGGCUCACACGUCCCAGUGAGGGGGACACAGGCCCGGGGGGAGGGGGCGCAGAAGGGCCCUGACUCGGCUUUGAGUCUCAGGCUCUCCUCCCCUGCACCUCUCCAUCCCUUGUCCUGGGAACAGACGCCCCCUUGUGGGACUGGUGAGCAACAAGCACAUGGCUACUUCUGGCUCUGGGGCACCUGAGGUUUGCUUACCAGGCUGGGGUGACCUGGGGGCUCGCAGCCACUAGGGGGCGCUGUGAGACUGGCUCUGGGCAGGCAAAGGGGGCAGGAGGAGCCUGGGGAUCUCGGGAUGAGCCCCGCUGGCCGUGUCUGUGGCUGCUCUGACCCCCUGGGAUCCCUUAUGAGUUACAGCUCAGCUGGGCUCCAUCCCCUCCCCCGAGAGACUCGCCUUCCCCGUGGGACCCAGGACCCCAGAUUUAGAACCCAGGGUGUAGUUAAGAAGCCCCAGAUUUGCAUCCAGCCCCCGCCCCCUCCCAGCCCCAUCCCGGGCUCCCAGGGAGAGGAUAAGAGGGGCCUGGCAGAGCCCGGACCCAGCUGGUUCUCUCUGGGGAGCAGAGCUCUCGGGGUCCCCUGCACCAUGGCCUGGCCUCUCGUCUGCCUCCUCCUGCUCACCUGCUGCUCAGGUUCCUUCUCCCAGCCUGUGCUGACUCAGGCUCCCUCCAUGUCUGUGUCCCUGGGAGCCACGGCCAGACUCUCCUGCACCCUGGACAGUCAGCACAGCUAUUAUGAAAUUGAAUGGUACCAACAGAGCCCGGGAAAGGCCCCUCGGUACCUCAUGUAUGUCGACAGCGAUGGAAGUGCAGGCAAGGGCGAGGGAGUCCCCGACCGCUUCUCAGGCUCCAGCUCUGGGGCCAAUCGCUACUUGUCCAUCAGCAACAUCCAGCCUGAGGACGAGGCCGAUUACUACUGUGGGGCAGCUGAUAGUGAUGGUUCACACAGUGCUACAUUCAGUGAGGAAGUGGGACAAAAACCUCCCUGCCAGCCCCAACCUGGCCCAGGAUGCUGA